AUGUCGUCGAUAUUCUGGUUUAUCGACCCCUCCGUUCUGCAGGACAAUCUCACACUGCAGGGUUCCAUGGCGUUUUCGUUUGCAUUUCUGAUUGCUGCUACGAGCGAUCCCGACUCGAACGUGGCUCAGAGGGCAUUGAUGUACAUCUCAACCAUAAAGCAGUCGUCACUGAAGUGUUUGUGCUCAUGCCUGGAGGCACAGUUCGACAACGUGGUGUCUGAUAGACCUUUGAUCAUAGAGCGCUUUCGCGUUCUCAGCUCCCUUUUGCCAGAAGUUCCCGUGUUGUCGUGGGAUUUCUUCCUGAAUCGCUUCGAUGUGCUGUCCGUGGAGGCGCAGAUCAGUUUGGAACGGUCCGGCAAAAUCGCGUUUCCCGUCGACCUGUUUAACUCUGAUCCGCUGAGCGACACCUACCAGAAGAAGCUGAGUCGUGCCAGACGGAGUCGGGAGUCUGGUACUGGUGGUUCUAACUGCGGUGUCCGUUCGAUAUCCAUUCACUUGAAUCAAUCACUGCGCCUUAAGCAUGGUCAAAAUUUGAAGGAGCACAAGCCACCGUCGACAGGCGGUACUUUUGGCCACGAGAAACGCACGUCUUCAAGUAUUAGCGCCGCGAUAUCCGGUAAGAUGAAACUGCGGAAGGUGAUGACGUUGGUUCGCGUGGUCCACGUGUGGAACGGUUUGCGAAAGCGACUGAGCUCCAGCUUCAGCAGCUUGUCGUCCCUGGUUUCUUUGUCUCGAACUCCGAGCCCGACUUCAAGUGAACGGAAUAAAGGGCACUCAAUUUUAUCCAGUUUUUCGUCCAAAUGUAGUCCGCCUAGGCGCGGUUCGUUUGAACCGUCUGUUUCCCAUGCCAAAGCGAUGCGCGAGGGUGAUGCAGAGAGCAACUACUCUUUGAUGUUCAACAAAGCAAUCGAUGUCGAUAAUCCUCAGCGUGAGACGAUGGCUCUCAUGAUGAAUUUAUUCAUGCAUUUUUUGGGCAACCCAAAAGUAUCCCUGGUAAACGUGGAUGAAAAGUCCGCCGCCAAAAAACAGAGCUUGGUCCUACGACACCUGAAUUUACUGCUCGGCUACAACACCCCUGAAAAGUGUUUUUCGGUUCCUCCUCAUCGCCUGAGGUAA